AUGAACGGGCACGGAGAUUUAAACAAUACCCACGCUGCUAGGGUCACUUCUGUAUUAGAAGUUGAUCCUGAAUAUAGCAAUAAGUCGUUGGCGAUCGGUGCUCAAGAAGAUGAUGCCCAUAUUCGGCAACAAUACCGACCCUUUUUACUGCCCACGGAUACGGGGGAUGACUGGGUUGCAAAAUUGGAAUUGGCGACGACAUUGAAGAUGGUUGAGGCAGAAAUCCUGAAUAAGAAGCAAGACCGCCUCCGAAUUCUUGUGUUAUACGGUAGUUUGAGAAGCAGAUCUUUUUCCCGUUUUCUGGCCUAUGAGGCUUCUCGCAUUCUGUUUCGCCUAGGAUGUGAUGUUCGGGUAUAUGAUCCAACUGGUCUGCCGCAAAAAGAUGAUGUGCAGCAUGAUCACCCAAAAGUCCAAGAGUUGCGGGAGCUGAGCAAAUGGAGUGACGGGCACCUUUGGGUUAGCCCAGAGCAGCAUGGAAAUUUAACGGGUUUAUUCAAGCAACAAAUAGAUUGGAUCCCUCUGUCGUCUGGCUCAGUACGACCUACUCAAGGCAGGACCCUAGCCAUCGCGCAGGUCAGUGGUGGCUCACAAUCAUUCAACGCCGUCAACUCGUUACGGAUUUUGGGGAGAUGGAUGCGCAUGUUCACUAUACCGAACCAAAGCUCUGUGCCAAAGGCAUAUACCCAGUUUACUUCCGAGGCAGAAGGUAACCGCAUGAUACCUAGCUCGAACCGCGAUCGCCUUGUGGAUUGCAUGGAAGAGAUGGUAAAGUACACAAUUGUGAUGCGUCCUCAUUUCGAGCUUUUCGGGGAUCGAUAUAGUGAAAGAGAAGAAAGAAGGCAAAAAGAAGGAGCAAAUGCAUAA